UGCUAUGUAGACAAUCUAUAGGGCACACAUGAGAUUUCUUAAUUAUUCUGCAGUCCAUCAUUGUUAAGUGAAAAAAAAAACAUAACGAAUGCCCUUUCUAGGGCUAACUACAGAGCAGGGCUGUUUUAAACAUCUUGCCUUAUGAUUCAGCAGUGCUGAAUUGUAGUAUAGCAGCAUGUGGCUGUCAGCACUGGAAUGGGGGGGGGGUGUUCCUACUCUCAGGGACCGCCCUCUGGAUGAAGCGGAGCCAUUUACCACAGCAAUGUUGUCAGACCAAUCCAUGGCUGGGGUAAUGCACAUUGCACUCUCCUUGUGUAAAUCCAUCACAGGACAGAAAAUAACAGCGCGAGUACUACGCGCGCGGAGCUAUGGCAUCACCGUCUGACGUCUCUUCGGAUCCCAGAAGAAUUUGAAGCAUCACUGAAUUUGUAUUUUUUCCUAACGCUUCUCGUUCACGCCAGCAAAACGUGAUUGGGACUGAUCCAACUGAUGAUUUUCCAGAAGGGACCGAUCACAGUUUGAUCACGCAGAUGUCGGACUGAAAACCGGAUUCAUGUAUGUGCGAUUGCAAGUUCGAUCUCGGCUGUAACGCUAAUAACAGCAUUUGACGGCUUCACGAAAUCGGAAUUAAAACAUCUGUGAUUCAUAGGCUCCAGCUGCAGCUGCUCUGUAGUAUCCGAGCAUCCUUCCGCCAAGUGUGCGUUAUCAUCAUCAUCCUCGCGCCCUGCAGCUCCAUCGCAAGAGGGAGGAUCCGCAAAGGAGCUCACUGGGCAACACUACACACACAUUCAGAGGAUGCUUUGGAUGUAAAAUAAAUAAGGAUGGGGAAAGAUCAGGAAUUACUUCAAGCGGUGAAGACCGAGGACCUGAUGACGGUGCAGAAGCUCCUGCAAAGGCCCAAACAUGGAAAAGCAAAGUUGCUGGGCUCUGCCAAAAAGGUGAACGUCAACUUUCAGGACACUGAUGGAUUUUCACCACUCCAUCACGCAGCCCUCAAUGGGAAUGUGGAGGUUAUAUCACUGCUCCUGGAGUCUCAGGCCAUAGUGGACAUCAGAGACCAGAAAGGGAUGCGGCCUUUGCAUUAUGCAGCAUGGCAGGGAAAGUCUGAGCCAAUGAAGCUGCUGCUGAAGUCUAGUUCUUCUGUGAAUGGUCAAUCUGAUGAGGGUCAGAUCCCCCUGCACCUGGCUGCUCAACACGGACACUAUGACGUGUCCGAGAUGCUUCUGCAGCACCAGUCGAACCCCUGCAUAGUAGACAACGCUGGGAAAACUCCACUGGACCUGGCUUGUGAAUUUGGCCGCGUUGGUGUGGUCCAGCUGCUCCUGAGCAGUAACAUGUGUGCAGCUCUGUUGGAGGCCAAGCCCGGAGACUCCACGGAUCCAAAUGGCACCAGCCCAUUGCAUCUGGCCGCCAAGAAUGGGCACAUCGACAUCAUCAGAUUGCUGAUUCAGGCUGGCAUCGACAUCAACAGGCAGACUAAAGCAGGCACGGCCCUACAUGAAGCAGCGUUGUGUGGGAAGACUGAUGUGGUGCGCCUCCUGCUGGAUAGUGGCAUAAAUGCAACAGUGAGAAACACAUACAGCCAGACAGCGCUGGACAUCGUCUACCAGUUCACAGCCACCCAGGCCAGCCGUGAGAUCAAACAGAUGCUGCGAGGUGAGACAAAACAACUGAAAAAUGCCUCAGCAGCCUUGCAGGUCAGGGCUGUGAAGGACUAUUGCAACAAUUAUGACCUGACAAGCCUUAACAUCAAGGCUGGAGAUGUUAUUACGGUGCUGGAGCAACAUCCAGAUGGAAGGUGGAAGGGCUGCAUUCAUGAUAACCGCACAGGAAAUGACAGAGUGGGCUACUUCCCUUGCAGCAUAGUGGAGGUGAUCAGUAAGAGGCCCGGGACUACGGGUUCAUGGAGUUCAGUCACAUGUACCCAACAGUAUCAAAAGAUACAGCUCUGUGGGCCGGUGUGCGGCCCUGUGUCGCCCGCCGUUGCCAUGGUGAAUGGGGACUCGUAUCAUGAGAUUCAUAUCCUGCCGCCUCCUCCACCUCCGCCACCACAUUCCCAUCUGCCACUUUUUACUUCCUUUGGCUAUAGCAGGUCCCCAAACACCUCAGGAGAGCCACACAGUGGACAAGAUGCCAACAAUGACCCAGAUUUCAAUAGUUCUCGUGGCUCAGACUCCAGUCCUCAUGGCUCACCCACCCCAGCCGGUGGUCCCCAGGGAGGCAGCAGUGAGGAAAUCUGGGUGCUGCGCAAGCCUGUAGCAGGUGGAGACCGCAGUAGUGUGGGCAGCUCAGGCAGCGUGGCCAGUGCCCGAUCCUCUGGGAGUGGACAGAGCGCGGGCAGCAGCAGUAUUCUCCAUGCACAGGCAGAGGGAGCCAAGCUUCUGGCCACAGUUUUGUCGCAGUCUGCCAAAGCUAAAGAACACCUGCUGGAGCAGACCAAGUCUCUGGAUCACCUUCCAGCUUCUACCACCAAGGGACCUUCGUCACGUAGUCAGAGUUUGUCAAGCUGUCCCCUUCACGAGCAGCCGUAUGGAGAGGCGGUGUCCCAGAGGAAAGGGGAGGCGCAGUCCGAGGGCAAGAGCUCAGAAGCUGUUAUCCAAUGGCUGAGUGAAUUUCAGCUGCAGGUCUACGCUUCAAACUUCAUCAGCGCUGGCUAUGACAUUCCUACCAUUAGCCGAAUGACCCCAGAGGACUUAACGGCCAUUGGGGUGACUAAACCUGGGCAUCGAAAGAAGAUAACGUCUGAGAUAAACAAACUUGCUGUCAAUGAGUGGUUGCCUGACAAAAAACCGGCCAAUCUUGGAGAGUGGUUAGCCAUGAUUGGACUGACCCAAUACCACCAAGUACUGGUCCAAAAUGGAUAUGAGAACAUUGACUUUAUCACUGAAAUCACAUGGGAGGACUUGCAGGAAAUUGGCAUUACCAAACUUGGACACCAAAAGAAGCUUAUGCUGGCAGUGAAAAAACUAGCAGAGAUCCAAAAGGCCUCAAACGGUCGUAACACAUUGCGCAAAAAACCACCAGCAGCUCAGGAGGUGAUGACCAUUGAGAGCCCACCUCAUGAUAGUGGAGAGUGCAUGUCUCCUAAAAUGAGCACUUUCCAGGACAGUGAAUUGAGUGGAGAGUUACAAGCUGCUCUUACUCGCCCUGCUGAUUUGCAGGAUGGCCCAGAUGUGAGACCCAACACCAUCCUUAGUGCACAGCAGCGAGCCCGCAGCCUGCAUGAGAGCAGCGUGAAUAAAAGCAGAGACUCUGAGGAAGUUAGCGGGCCACCAAAAAAAGAGGCACGUACUAUGCAUCAGAGCAGCCAAGGGGGUCAGAGAAGUGUCUCUUUAGCACAGCCAAAACCCCGCCAGUCUUAUCCACAAGGUGCAGGACCACCCUAUACUCCACCACAAACCCCAACUAAAACGAAACCUCCCAACUCACAGACGCUUGGCACCUCACAGGGUAAACAAAAACCUGGUCCUCAGAUGCUCCAGCAGACAGAAAAGACAGUGUCAUCUCGUUCACACCCACAAACCCCCAAUCAGAGGUCCCAUCCCCAACAAACUGCUCAGCCUGUAGAAACCGUAGAGGCUACACCCCCAGGACCUGUCUCAGUGCCACUCCUGUGCCUUCCACCAGAAAGCGGUGAAAUAUCCGAUGAGCAUGGCCUGCCUAAAAAGCGUGCACACAGCCUGAAUCGCUAUGCUGUGUCUGAUGGUGAACAGGAACGUGAUGAGUUAAAUGUAACAAAUUCAGGAGGAAAGUAUGCCACAGUGCAGCACCGGGUGGGACGCAGCAACUCGAUGAAAGGGCAGGCAGACAAGAAUGUCAAUCGAAGCCAGUCCUUUGCACUCAGACAGAAGAAAAAAGGUCCACCUCCACCUCCCCCUAAACGCUCUAGUUCAGCCAUCUCAAGCUCCAGCAGUAAUCUAACAGAAGUGCCCAAGGAGACAAGCAGCGGCCCUUUACUGGAGGUCCCCUACCAACCACAAAGGCGUGCCAGUGACCUUGGUGGCACUGUGGACACAGGCAGUGCAGGUAGUGUGAAGAGCAUAGCAGCCAUGUUGGAAAUGUCCUCCAUUGGUGGGGGUGCCAAGGGCUUGGCUUUGCAGAAAUCACCUGGUCACUAUCUGCAGGUGGGUGCUGCAGGAGGAAAGCAGCGUGAUGCUAUUGGGCUGGAUGGGGAAGUAGUGAACCGUCGCAGAACCAUUAGUGGGCCUGUCACUGACUUGGUAGCAGCUGCUAAGCGAGCACCACAGCCUGGGCCAGAGCCAGUCCAGGACAUACAGCUUAAUGAAACCCAGCCAAGCUCCAGUGGGAGCUCAGCAGAGAACCUUCCAUUUGCUGAGGAUGGUAACCUCACCAUCAAACAAAGACCCAGGCAGGGCAAGGAUGAGGCUGAGGAGGGUGCAGACAUACAGUACCCUUUACCCCAGGAACAGGUUGCCCUUGUGGAAUCUACAGCCUCACUGAAAAGGGAUGUCCAGAGCACCAAGCAGCAACCCAAUGGCACCAAGUUUCACCUUAUAGAGUCAAACACUGUUAAGCGCCGACCCAAGAGCAAAGACAAAGAAGGAGAGGAACUUCAGGAUGGGCAGAUGCCCGUACCAUAUGAGAAUGGGACUGGCACAAUUAAAAGGCGGCCUGUGUCAGAGGUGACCGUUUCAGAGCAGCCCAGGCCACAGGAACAUCCUGAGAACUCGCCCCGUCGGGAUAGUGCGGACCUGGAUGGCAAUGUCACUGAGGCUACCCCUCGUAAGACUGUCAAACCUCCAGUAUCUCCCAAGCCUGUUCUGGCCCAGCACAUGAAGAAGCAGGGACCACCGGCUGCCAUCACCAAGAAAGUCCCACUUCCCGGACCAACUGGGGCACCUGGCAGCCCAGGUACUACACAGUGCGGUCCAUUCACUUGCCCUGUCUUUACACAAUUAUGUGAGUAUCCAAAAGAAACUUGUAGCAUUUUGACCAUGUCGGAUCAAAGUCCGCUCAGUCAGUCUCUCUUCCCAUCUCUCUCCCUGUCUCUUUUCUCUCAAUGUACAGUUGAAGGAAAGAAAGUUCCUCCUCCGGUUUCACCGAAACCUACACCACCUCCUACAGCUCCCAAACCAUCCAAAAAUGUCCUGCAGUCUUUAAAUACAACACCUAACCCCACUCCCACACCCUCUCCAGCCAAGCCGACAGUCACCAGAAUGCCCAGCACAGCUUCUUCCCAACUCAACAAUUCUGUCAAGCCUACAACCCCACCAGCCCAGAGCCCUCACACACCCCAGCCUGCACAUACCCCACAGACACCUCAGACACCCCCAACCCCACAGACGCCCCAAACUCCCCAGACACCAGGUCCUACAACCCCAAUCCCCACACCUCCGCCUGUAAAGCCCCCUCGCUCUUCAAUUAGUGGGGUGUCCAUGGACAGUGCAGCUGGAUCAGGAUUUGUGGCAGGGGUAUUGACAGUGGAUGCAGUACACCAGAAGAUAGAGGAGACCAAUGCCUCUCUGGCUGCAGCUCUGCAGGCAGUGGAGGAGAAGAUCAAGGAGGAUGGGCAGAAAGACUCAAUGGCUGAAAACAAGAGCACAGUAAGCAUACUAGAUGACAUCGGCAGCAUGUUCGAUGACCUGGCUGAUCAGCUGGAUGCCAUGCUGGAGUGAAGAGCACAGCCUGUGUCUCUGUGACACAACCUCAGGACCCCGGGAGAGCACAAGGGCACAAUGACCAACCACAAACCCUCUUAUACCCUUCCCGCUUCUCAUCCUAUGCUUCUCGUAUCCCUUAUUUUUCCAGUUCCUUCCCGUUUGUCGUGAAACACCCAUCUCUCCUUUCUCCCCCAAGAUGGUUUGCACACACACUAGCUGAUGUACCUCAGGACUGGGCAGAAGACCAUCCAGGACUUUAGACAUCCAAGACAGAGCAGUGGGUGGAGAGGCAUAGGUUGGGUUUUAAUACACAAACCUCAACUGUCUGUUCUUUUUUUAUUCAGAGUCCUUGGAAUAUCUCAGUCUACCAUGAGCAAUGACUAGAAAAAUAUAUGAAAACAAUAAUAACUGUAUAUGAAAAAAAUAGUAUGGUAUGUGUACAUUGUAAGCAUGAGGAAAGUUUGUAUCUAUAAAGUAAAAUAAUCUCAUAGUGAGAGUCAUGCAUUAGUACAGGUCUAUAAAUAUAUAUGUAUAAAUAUGAAUAUAAAUAUUUUAUGUUUUUAUUUCAUGUUAAAUGGUACAUACAGUGUUGAAACAUUAAGAAAUCUAUAAACUUUGAUGACAGAUAUGUGAAUUUUUCUAAAAUUAUAGUGGAGUUUAAAAAAUAUUAAGGCUGGCAUAAACAUCCCGUAUGUUUGGCUGUGCUCUGUUGGAGAGUGUUGUAUGUGGGCUGUGUUGAAUGUAGUGACUGAAGCGGCCGUUCGAACCCCUGCUCUAUGCUUGCUCUCUGGGCUCCCGCUCUGUGCUGCUGUGACCCGUUUCCAUCCUCCCUGCCUGUGUGAACUCAUACAUUCCUGCCCUUGCACAGUCUAUCCCCUUCCCCUCUCUCGCUCUCUCUUCCUGCAGUCAUCAUGUGCAGUGUCCCGUGUGCCUUAAUGUUAGAGGUGACCUCAGUGCUGCUAACACAUGCAAUUGAACAGACGUCAAGCCGAGACAGGCUAUGUGUCCAUGUAAGAGGCGUUGACUCAAGCCAGUGGGAUGAGCCUGUGUGCCGUGAUUUGGCAAGUAGGACUUCAUCUUUGGACACCUUUAUGCCUCACCCACCUGGAGCAGGGUAGUACUCGGUGUAGGCUGUAUGACUGGACUUACAGGUUAGCACAAAAGGAACGGUCUUCAGUUGAGGUCCAAUAAUAAUCGAGGGCUUUUAGAAGGUGGGACAUUACAGGAAGCACAAAACAAAAGUGUGAAAAUGUGUGACUGUGGCAUAGGUGAGUCAUAUUACACAAGCAAUAGUGCUGUUGUACUGAAUCUCAUCAUGGUUGUGAGACCCCAGACAGAAGACGACUCCAAGUGGGAUAUGCACCGGAUCCGCGCCGAAGUUGGCAGCUUCGGUGCAGAUCCCACUUGGAGUCGUCUGCUGCCUUGGUGAUCACAGCUGAGCUGAUUUUCAGUACAGCAGUGCAAGGCACAUGUCUUAUUGUUUUUAUAAAACAGUCCUUAAAAAAAAAUCAAUUUAGAGGAUGGGAACUGUUAUAUAAAGCAAGAAUAUAAUGAAACAUGCAUGGAAGAUGUUGUGGACUGAGAGUGUUGCAGUGAACUAACAAGGAUUGUUUGCCAUGAUGAAGGCUGGGUGCUCAGCAUUACCAUCUACCCAUGAGAUCUUCGCUUAAGGGUUUGUGUUGGACAGCUGUAGUUCUACUGGAAGCCUGCAUGCAGUCUAAUGUCAGCACAUUGCUGUUAAUGGGUGUGAAUGUACCAUGGUGUGCCUGCUUUGUAUUGCAUUCCCCCAAUAUCGUGUAGACUAACAGUUUCUUAAUGACCAAAGCAAGAGUCUGAGUCCAAGAUGCAAUGAAGCUUGGGUAUGUUAUCCAUCAUAAAAGUAUUUAGGUUUUCACAUGACUGCAGAUGGCCAUUUUGAGGGUAGACUCAACAAUGCUUAUUUUAGUUAAAAGUGCAUUGGUGUUUGGUCUUUGUAUAGGCAUUUAACAUGCAUUAUUUGUAGUGACUCGGCACGGCUUGCUGUUAUGACAGCCCAAGUCUCUGAAUGUCAUUAUCUCAUUGCCAGCAAAAUCACAGUCUGUCAUUACUCUGUUAAACAUUUUUAAUGUUGCCAUGACAAUCUGCUUGCUCAUUAUUUGAAUUGUCACAUUAUUCAAAAGUUCAAACGAAAAAGGGAACAUUUUUAAGAAAAAUGACUGUCUAGGUCCCACGAUGCAUUUACACGCAGCUACAUGUGCUUAAACCCUUCCCAGGUUAUUGAGAAAGAAUAUUUGUAAUAUUUAAGUUAUGAAGAGAGAUUAUUAUAGAUGUUUUCGAGUAUUUAAUGAUGAGGCAUCAUUAGGGCUUGUUGAUGAAACUGCAAAUAUAUGAAGAUAAGAGUUUAAAGUGUCUUCUGGGUCCAAAGUGUUUUAAAUGAAUUGUAAAUGGUCAUUUUUAGGAAUCCAGUUUUCUUUUUUUAAGAGCUUUUUGUGAUAAGUUUUUUUACUGCCACGCCUUCAAAUGAAAUAAGUUGUAUAUUAUGCUGUUUUUUUUUUAAACAUGUAUGUGCCUUGCGUUAAUUCUUUUUAUUUUGUCCUGAAGUCUUUUAUGUAUGAUGUGUAGAUGAUAUGUGGCUCAGCUUUGUCCACCAGAUGUUCACAAUUAUCUUUCUUUUGUUGUGGUCUGUCAUAGCUAUAGCUUUUAUAAAAGCUUUAUCAUGCCCACUGCUUCAAAGGACUGGGUCCAGUAUUAAUUCAGUUGUUAAACCUGGUCCCUUCUUCUUGUGUAAAUAUAGGUGGACGUAUGUGGAACUUCAUGCCUUUUUAAAUUUUAUUUUUAAAGUUCUCAUUCCAUGCAUUUUCUCAAAAAACAUUUGCUUGUUUUUCUUUAGUCUUUUUUAAUACCCAAGGGGAGGGGGGUAAUGAAAAAUAAUAACGUUCUGAAAACACUGAAGUCAAACUUAAUAUUGGUGCAAGAUGUUAUUUAAUAAUGAAAGCUGUUUUCGAUUCCAUCCUAUUUACAGAGACAUUUAAAAAAAGAAAUCUGCACUGCUCAAUGUGUGCAGGCUGUAUAUUGUGUUGAUGUUGUAUGAUACCUGCUGUGACUGGCAUUGAGAACAGUGGUGUGCUUGCAGUGACUGCAUCAACAGCCACCUGCUCUAAAUAAACAUUAUAUAUAUAAACACUCUCA